AUGUCGUUGAAGGCCAUCUCCUCAAAGGAUGCCGCAUCUCUCGAUAAAGACCUCAUGGAAAUAGGUGGGUGGUCCUUGGACCAGUUAAUGGAACUAGCGGGCCUCUCUGUCUCUCAAGCCGUCUACCGUGUUCAUCCGCCAAGCUCGGGUAAGGAUGUUUUGGUUAUCUGUGGCCCAGGAAACAACGGCGGCGAUGGUCUGGUAGCCGCACGCCAUCUAGCUCACUAUGGCUAUAAGCCCUCGGUUUACUACCCAAAGCAGGGCAAGAACGAGCUCUAUCAGCGCCUCAAAAUCCAACUUGAGAACCUCUCUGUUCCUUUCAUUUCCGACCUCCCCGUUGCCAUCAAAUCCGCCGACUUCCUCGUCGACGCUAUCUUCGGCUUCUCCUUCGGCGGACCCCUCCGUGAACCCUUCCCGACCAUCAUCUCCCAAAUCGAAACAGCCAGUAUCCCCGUUCUGAGCGUCGAUGCGCCCAGUUCCUGGGACAUUGAGAGCGGGCCACCCAAAGAAGGCCCAGGAUUGAAGUUCAUGCCGGAGGCGCUUAUUAGUCUGACUGCGCCGAAGCCGUGCGUGAAGUAUUACAAGGGAAGGCAUUUUCUAGGUGGACGAUUCUUGACGAAGAGUAUUGCGGAUAAGUAUAAAUUGGAUUUGCCGGAGUAUCCGGGUAUUGAGCAGAUUGUCGAGGUGGGGGUGAAUGCUGAGGGGAGGCUUUGA